AUUAUCACUUUAUACUCUUCUGUUUAUUAUAGUUAGCUUUUCAAUAUAAAACGGAUGUUAAAAUUUUGUAACAAAGAAAUCGGUCGAGUCGUGUGAUUUAGCCCAAAAACUUUGGCAUCGUUGUCCAUCGUGUGUAUUUGGAGGAAAACAUCAUUAGAGAGGGCCACACUUUAUGAAUAUUAAACACAUUUAAUUGUACUAAAUCCUCGGCAUAACACUUUUAUCAAGUCACCAUGUACUUGCUAUAAAUAUGGUCGAGUCUAGUCCAUAAUAUAUAUGCAUCUCUGAUCUCUCAUAUAUAUCUGCGACAUCGUCUUGGUGAGAGUAGUAGACAUGGGUGCUCUUGAUUCUCUUUCUGAGUAUAUCUCCGACUACUUCCGCGUCUCCAGAAAUAGGAGGAAGCGUAAAGUCAUGCAGACGGUGAAUAUAAAGGUGAAAAUGGACUGCGAUGGUUGUGAACGCAGAGUCAAGAACGCGGUUUCCUCCAUGAAAGGGGUGAGAUCGGUGGAGGUGAACAGAAAGAUACACAAAGUGACGGUGAGUGGAUACGUGGAACCGAAGAAGGUGUUAAAGAGAGUCGAAAGGACAGGGAAAAAGGCGGAGAUAUGGCCGUACGUUCCCUACAACAUGGUCGCAUAUCCAUACGCAGUCGGAACUUACGACAAAAAAGCUCCGGCUGGUUAUGUCAGGAAAUCUGAGCAGUCGCAGUUGCAGCUGUUGCCGGGAGCUCCCGACGACAACUUCGUUUCUCUUUUUAGCGACGAGAAUCCCAACGCUUGUACCGUUAUGUAAUAAUAGUAUACUCUAGUAGUAUAUAUUAUCCAUAACAUGUAACGUUGUAUCAAGCAAUUGGCUCUUUCUCUCUUUUGGUAUGUGUAUGCAUCGAGGAAGAACCAACAAGUAACUUGUGUAAAUUUUUCAAAAUAAGUUAGUGGAAUAUGUAUAAUCAAUAUGUUUUAUAUCAAGUAUUUUCGGGUGAUAUU